UACUGUUUUAGGCCUUACCUUUUAGCGCUACCGGUCUAGAUAUUGGCCUUGCCGGUGACCGGGACCAAAAAAUAUGUGGAAAGCUACAUCAAAAGGAGUAACAUCACGUAUAAGGAUUGUAAACCUAACACGUAACGGUCAGCGAUGUAUGGUACAUCAGUCUCAGUCAUCAAGCUCGCCUACUCCACCUGGUAAUCUGAAAGAUGUACCUCCACCAGGUUCUAUGCCACCUCCAGUGGAGCCAAAACCACCAGGGGAGUCAAGUAAAGGUGGAGGUGGUGUUUUUGGAAAGCUGCUUGGUGUUACAUUGGUUGGUAUAGGUGGAGCGAUAGGAUAUGCAUGGUACGAUCAGGAAUUUCGCAACACACUCAAAGUAAAAGUUCCUUACAGUGAGGGUGUGAUGGAUGCUAUCUUUACUUACCUACCAGACAGUCCUUCUGUUCCUGCUCCAUUAAUAUCUGAUAAAAGUACAGCCAGCAUGCCCCAGCUCAGCAAGGAAGAGGCCAGACUCCAGGAUGAACAGCUACUGCCAAAGUUGAGAGAAAAACCUGAAAAAAUUGUGGUUGAACCAGUGACCCCUGCACAGCCUGCAACACCAGUACCACCUCCACCACCUAAACCGGUGGAGAAGAAAAAAGAAGACACACCAAACCAAAAACAAUUGGAAGAGGAAGUAAAAGCAAGAGAUGCUGUAAACCGAAAACUGCGAGAGAAAGAGGAAGCCAGGAGAAGACAGGCAGAGAAAGAAGCAGAAAUUGCAGCUGAAAAUGCCGCCUUGGAAGUUAUUUUGGAGAAUCUUACAGAGGUUUGUGAUGGAGCUCUUCGUAAAGCACGAGAGGCCCAGGAGGCCAUAAUUGAGUCAACAAAAAAUCACACACAACUGCUCAAAACUGCCAUGGAUGAUUCUUCCAAUGUGUUAGACAAGGAAACACAGUGGCAGUCUGUAUCAAUGGCUUUUGAGAAGAGGGAAGAGGCAGUCAAUGCUGGAGAGCAGAUAGUUCAUAAAGCAAAAGAAAAUCUGGAAAAGUUACGACAUGCAAUAGAUGAUGGAAGGCAGAAUAGUGUAACUAAAAAGAAUAAAGCAUUGACUGUUGCCAAAGAAAAACUAAACCAGCUUACUACUGAACUUAACAAGAAACAAAAUGAGGUGUCUAAAGUAGAGUCAGAAUCAAGAGUUAUGUCAAAGUAUAAGACCCUAGUAGACAGAGGAAAGGAUCAGUUUAAAAAGGAGCUAGAAAGCCUCAUGCCAGAUGUCAAAAUUGGCACAGGUCGUAAACUCUCAGAGGAAGAAUUAAAUACAUUGAUAGCGCAUGCUCACAGACGUAUAGAGCAACUGCAGAAGCAACUGGCAGAACACUUAGCUAUGGAACAACAGAGAAUACAAGUGGCAUUGUCAGAGCAGAGAGACGAAGAUGAAUUAAUCACACAAGCAAGAGUUAAACAAGAGACUCAGAAAAUGCUCGAUGAAUUUGCAGUGGAGAAAGACAAAUGGGAGGCUGAUGCCCAGGUGCAGUUUGAGUUGGAACUUCGACGUAACUUGGCACGGCAAACUGCUGCUCACAGUGAACAUCUUCAGGAGGUUCUACGCCUUCAGGAGGAGAAACUGACAAGAGCAUUCGAGCAUGAGCUUCACUUGCGUAUCUUAGAGGACAGGAAGAGGUUUGAGGGAGAACUGACGGGAUGGAUAGCUAGACUUAGGGGAAUAGAAGCUGCGGUCACAGCUCGGGCGGAGACAGAAAUGGUUGCCAAGGAAGCACAAGAAUUAUGGUUGGCUUGUGUUGCACUGAAUGGAGCGAUACGUGUCGGCAAUGAAAGCGGAAGCACAUGGGAGGAGCAACUCAAACCACUCGAAAAAGAAGUGGAUACUGUUUUCUUUGCGGCUAAAAAUAACCCAUUUGUGUGUCUAGUCCUCGAUUCAAUACCUGAAACAGCAUUGAAGAGAGGUGUAUAUACUGAGGACAACUUGAAAGAAAGAUUUUAUAAAGUGAGCCGUGUGGCAAGAAGAGUGGCUUUAAUUGAUGAAACUGGUGGAUCAUUAGCGAAAUUUUUCUUAUCAUACAUACAGUCAGUGUUUGUGUUUUCCACAGUCUAUGCAAAGGAAGUUAAUGAUAGUGUAGACUUGGAAGAUUUGGAUACAUUUCAAAUAUGUAGCCACGCAAGAUACUGGCUGGAGAGAAAUGAUAUUGAACAGGCUCUGAAAUUUAUGAAUCUGCUCACUGGGGAGUCAAGACGAGUUGCCGCAGAUUGGAUAGAAGAGGCCCGACUACUCCUAGAAACAAGACAGGCCACUUACGCUCUAAUGGCUUUUGCAUCAUCAACAGGUCUAGGAACAUUAUUCUGACAUUAUUCUAAACAAAUUGAGACAAACAAUUUUAAAUUUAGGUAGCAAUAUUUAUAAAAAAGCAGAACUAUAUUAAUUUUUGUCUGUAGAUAUACAUGGUUGUUACUGUAUGACAGAUUAGUUGUUGUAAUAUUUGAAAGUGUUAAUGGUGAGAGAAUAGUUCUGUUAGGAACUUUGAGAUGGA